CCUCUCUCUUAAAAACCCCAACCUUCUUCUCUCUUUUCAAAAACCCUUCUCUUCAUCUCCAAACAAAAAUUCUUACAAGAAGAUCAAAACUUCUAUUGUUUCUUAAAAACCCUAAUAGGAUAAAAUGGAUUACGAAGCAUCAAGAAUCUGCGAAAUGUUGAUCUCAACAAGAUCGAGCCUUGGGACUUACCAUGGAAGGCUAAGAUGGGAGAGAAAGAAUGAAGGCAAAUAUUCUAUCGAAAAUCUUCCCCAAACAGCUAAGAACGAAUGGGUUAUAUGUCGUGUUUUCCAAAAACGUGCCGAUGGUACAAAGGUUCCAAUGUCAAUGCUUGAUCCACACAUUAACCGAAUCGAACCAACCGGUUUACCUUCGUUGAUUGAUUGUUCUCAAAGGGAUUCCUUCAUCGGUUCGUCGUCUCACGUGACCUGCUUCUCCGACCAAGAAACUGAAGACAAGAGACUUGUCCACGAGUCCAAAGAAGGUUUUGGUUCUCUGUUUUACUCUGAUCCUCUGUUUUUACAAGAUAAUUAUUCGCUAAUGAAGCUGUUGCUUGACGGUCAAGAACCUCAAUUUCCCGGUAGAUCAUUUGACGGUCGUGAUCCGUCCGGUUUGGCCGGUACAGAAGAAUUGGAUUGCGUUUGGAAUUUCUGAGUUGUAUAACUUCUGUUGUAGACUUGUAGUCAUGUGUUCGUGUGUGUGAUUGUGUGAAUGAAUAUUCUUGUUACAU